AUGCCCGAUAUGCCGGCUGUCUUUCAGCAGGCGUCUUCGCCACCCAAAGUAGAUAUCGCCAGCGCUCAUUCCCACCUCUAUCAAGUCCCGUCACCAGCCUCCGCCUCCUCCUCUCUUUAUUCGCUCUCUGUCAGUCGCAAGCGCCCUCGUCGUGAUACAGAGAAGCUCUCCUCGACAUUCGAUCCUGAUAUCCGCGGAAUUUCGCCGCUCAUUCUCUCAACCGACAACCAAACAGCCGCCACGGACGAUCUACACAAACCUGCAGAGCUGGACUGUCGUCCAAACCGCUACCGAGAAUCCUUUCUUCCGCCAUCGCUAGAUGCGAGCGUCGACUCGGUCGGUCCCGGCGCCCCUGGCACAAGCCGCAAACGCAGUCGUCGUGACUCGUGCAUCGCAUCUCCAACAGAGGAGACUGCAACUGCCCCCGAGAACCCACCAAGCUGGGGCCGCACAGUCAUAAAUGCAGUGGGCAAAGUACUAGAUAUCUGCUGGUCCGGCGCGUUCCGGGGUUUCUACGCCGGAGGAGGACAAGGCUACGACAUGGCCCCCGGGCCGCCAGCACACUUCAGUCCCAAAUGGCGACCAGUCGAAAAGGAACACCAGACCAUGCACACCCCCAUUCCCGGCCAAUUCCCAGAGGAUGAUAACGAUAUCGAUCGGACCUGGGUGGUCGUACCGGAGGGAGCAGCAGACGAGUACGAACGAGAUGACCUGGACGCCAGUCCCUCGAUGAAGGUGCGCCGGAAUUACCAAGUCUCGAGCCCUCGACGGCGAUCAGCAGUGAUGCCUCGUUUGGCGAAAAGGUCGGCUGGGCAAAUGAGGCCAUCGACGCCCUCGAAGAAUCUGGGUCCUGCGUCGCCCCGGGCAAGGGACGGGCCAGGGUCUGCUGAUAUGCAACGAUACGCGGCGAAGAUGCGACGCAAGGAGCGAGAAGAAGACGCCAGUAUCCAACGGUUGAACAAGCAGCUCCAGGCGAUGAUUCGUGAGGGAAGAGAAGCCUUGGGAACAACGGUGGAGGUGGAUGAUGUGGAGAUGGAUUCUGACUGA